CCAAGUAUGGGAAUCGUCCGCAGGCUCGUACUCAUCUGGCUUCCGCGAGUCCUGCCUCAAAGAACGUUCACUUCCGGUUUUUCUGUUUCAAAUGCGAAGGUGAUCACAAGUUAGAUCACUGUUCUCAAUUUAAAUCUUUAGUCAUAGGUGAUAGAAUCGCCUUUUGUGCCAGACAUCGAUUGUGUUUUGGCUGUCUUGGUGCCAAACAUUUCGUCCGGUUCUGCAAUCAGAAGAAGCCAUGCAAGGUCGCCGGUUGCCACCUGCAUCAUCACGAAUUACUCCAUGAUCCAGCGAGAGCAGCCGAUCGCGUGCCGACAGAGUCUUCCAGGUCAGAAACAGCAAGAAUAGGACAUACCAGCCCACAACGAGUUGCCAUGGAGAUGAUGCGCCUGAAGAUCCUGAAUGCUGAUGGAGAUGCUGUAUGGGCCAAUGCCUUCAUUGACGAAGGAAGCGAUUCCACUUUGAUACGGCAAGGAUUCACCAGCGCGAAUAAGAUUUUCGGCGUUCAUCAGAUCCUGACAGUGGAAGGAGCAGGCGGAGUCGUGACGAAGUAUCGAUCUCAACGCGUAGAUUUCAAGAUUAAUACUGACUCCGGAGAAACUUUGAAUGUACGUGGCUCUACCCUGCCUUCUACCGUAGCGAGUACCACUCCUGUGACAGAUUGGGGAGUUCUCAAGAAGCGCUGGUCUCAUCUUUCCGACCUUCCGGUUGGGAACACUGGUGGAAGAGUUGAUAUUUGAUCGGCCAAGACCUCAAUCAUCUUACAGUAGCGCUUGAAUCUAGAGUUGGAAACGAUUAUGAACCAACUGCAAUUAGGAUCCAAUUAGGUUGGCUCAUCCGGGGUGUAAUAGCAGACAGCAUCACUGUUUCAGCUGUCCGCAUUCAUAACGUCACCAUCUCUACUCAACUUGAAAACAUCGCUUCUGAAUUGCGGCGUUUUUGUGAUACCGAGAACUUUGGAACGGAAUCUACGUUGGUGGCCAUGUCUGCAGACGACCGACAAGCUGUCAGCAUUUUGGAGUUCGGUACGAGAAAACUAGAUCUUGGCUAUGAAGUCCCUAUUACCUGGAAAACCGGGGAGCCGAGUCUAGUGUGUAAUCGACAAAUGGCUCAACAGCGUCUCGACGGAUUGCUCAGACGUUUCAGCAGAGAUGCCGGAUUUGAAGCUGACUAUCGUGCUGCUGUGCAAAAGACCAUCGACAAGGGUUACGCAACCAUCUUGUCCGAAGAGGAAUCCUUUUCAGCGAAAUAUUUCCUGGCUCAUCAUGGCGUGUACAAAGGACUGAAACUCAGAGUGGUCUUCGAUGCUGCAGCCCCAUUCCAGGGGAAAUGUUUGAAUGAUUUCAUUCUUAGCGGUCCUGCUCUUCAACCUUCUCUUCCAUCCGUUUUGACCCAAUUCAGAGAGGGAGCAGUCGCAUGGGCUUCGGAUGUAGAAGCUAUGUUUAGCCGGUUUAGGCUUAAUCCCUCUGACGCCAAUUAUUUUUGCUUUCUGUGGCAGGAUCUCUCUGCUAAAUUUGUAGUAUGUCGGAUGGAUCGUUUACCUUUUGGUGCCACAUGUUCCCCCUUCAUUGCUAUUUACACCACCUAUCGAGCUGUUGCGGAUGCAGAGGUUGGAGAGAAAGCUGUCAACGCGGUGAAGAAGAAAAUGUACGUUGACGACUAUCUGGGGUCCGCAAGAAACGUCAAAGAAGGAUUGGAAGAAGCGUCGGUCGUCCGAAAAGCACUGGCUGACGCUGAUUUACAUUUCCAAGGUUGGAUCUCGAAUUCCGAAGAAUUUGUUCAAGUGAUGCAAGGCGAAAAGAAUUCAACCUCACCUGACGUUUUCUUAAUCGAGGAUGGUAACAAGAAGGUGCUGGGCGACGUGUGGAACACCCGAGACGACACACUUGGUUUUCAAGUCGACAACAUGAUGGAGGAAGAAUAUACGCGUGUCAGCCUCACCAGCAAAGUAGCCACUGUUUUCGAUCCGCUGGGAUUAGCUGCGCCACUCAUCGUCAAGGCCAAGGUCCGUCUUCGAGAAUUAGGAGUCAAAGGAUUGGGAUGGUCUGAUCCAGCAGAUGAAACGGACCGCGUUUGGUGGGAAUCCUGGUUCGCAAUCAUGCGUGAAUUGAUUCACGUUUCAAUUGAACGUUGUCUAUUCCCGGAAGAUUGA